UGUGGGCCUCAAUGAUAUGGCCGCUCCCAGCCAAUCGGUGACAAGCCCGCAAAGAUCAAAGAGGAGAUGAGCCAACCAUCUCUGCUCCAAACACCCAUCCUGAGACGGAGCUUCUCUUCAGCCUAUAUAUUCGGGGGCGUUUCAUGUCGCCCAGCGUCCCGAGAUAACUGCUUGUCUUUGUGAAGAAGACACAAGAAGAGGAAAGAGAUUUAGUUUUUCAAUAAGACCUGUGAUUACAUCUAUUCAGCCCUGGAGCUGUUGGACAGGAUGGCCGCUGGCGAGUGUCCCGGGAAGUCCAGUCAGAACCGGGUGGACCACCUCCUCAGUGCCGUGGAGAGUGAGCUGCAGGCCGGCAGCGAGAAGGGCGACCCCACGGAGAAGGAACUGAAAGUGUCCCUGGAUGAGAACGAGCUUUGGCAGAAAUUUAAGGAUCUUACAAAUGAAAUGAUAGUUACAAAGAAUGGCAGGCGCAUGUUUCCGGUGCUGAAAGUAAACGUGUCUGGAUUGGACCCGAACGCCAUGUAUUCUUUUUUGCUGGACUUCGUAUCUGCGGACAACCACAGGUGGAAAUACGUGAACGGGGAGUGGGUCCCCGGUGGCAAACCUGAGCCUCAAACUCCCAGCUGUGUGUACAUUCACCCGGACUCUCCAAACUUCGGGGCGCACUGGAUGAAAGCGCCCGUUUCCUUUAGUAAAGUCAAACUCACCAACAAACUAAACGGAGGAGGCCAGAUAAUGUUAAAUUCCUUACACAAGUACGAGCCACGCAUCCAUAUCGUGCGGGUUGGAGGCCCGAGGAGGAUGAUCAACAGCCACUCUUUUCCAGAGACUCAGUUCAUUGCAGUAACGGCAUACCAAAACGAAGAGAUAACUUCUCUUAAAAUAAAGCACAACCCUUUUGCCAAGGCCUUCCUAGAUGCAAAGGAGAGAAGUGAUCACAAAGACAUAAGAGAAGAUGUCAAUGAAAGCCAGCAGUCGACUUACUCUCAUUUAGGUGGUUGGUUUAUUCCAGGCACAGGCUCUCUCUGCCCUCCUGCCAGUCCUCACAGCCAGUUUGGGAGUCCCAUCUCCCUCUCGCCGUCCCACGGUUGUGAACGCUACUCCACCCUAAGGAACCACCGCUCUGCCCCCUACACCAGUCCGUACGCCCAUCGCACCAACUCGCCCAUCGGUUACUCCGAUAACUCGUCAGCCUGCCUGUCAAUGCUAUCAAGCCACGAUAACUGGUCCAGUCUUCAGAUGCCAACACACUCCAGCAUGAUGCCCAUGGCCCACAAUUCCACCUCUGGUACCAACUCUAGUCAAUACACCAGCCUGUGGUCUGUGAGUAACCCACCCCUGACUCCCGUGUCCCAGAAUGGGGGGAUAAACAACAGCCUGAGCUCCCAGUUCCUUCGAGGGUCCAGCAGCCACUACCCCAGCCUGUCUCACUCAGUCACAGUGCCCUCCUCUGGCUCUCCCAUGUACGACAGCAGCACAGCCACAGAAAUGCAUGACACAUCUCAGUACGACAUCUCUCCACACGGGCGACUGCCUUCAGCCUGGACUCCUGUGACACCUCCGUCCCUGUGAUGGAAGUGUGUCUCUGCAAGCUUGGAGAGGUAUGACCAUGAAAUUAUUUCUACAGGAUUUUGAUCUGACGUCAGGGAAAAAUCAACCCCAAAAUAAAUAAGUUUUAUUUGUUUACUUCUCAAUUGGUACUAAUAAGAAGCUACAGAGACUUUGAGUUUUUGAAGUAGCCCUUUAAAAAUGUGCUAUGAUCUCAAUAAAUCACAGAGAGUUUGUAUAUGUUUUUAAUAUUUUAUGUUUACUUUUGUUUUUGGUUCAGCAAAUGUUUUUGUUUAGCAUAGCAGGGAAUACAUAUAUUUUAAUGUUUGUGAACCAAAAUCUAUUUUAACCUGCUUAUAUUAAGCAUAACUCCAUGAUAUUCACAGCAGUAAGCAAAUAAAAACAAUUUACAGUUUAAAAAUGUUAAAUGAUUUUAAACAUUGUUCAUAGUGUAGAGAAAGCAAUUGAGGUUUACCAUGUGAAUAGAUAAUGAUGCUUUUUGUACCACAAUGACGCCGUUUGAGAUAUUAUGUUCCAGAUUAUUUUAAAAAUGAAAUGAGAAGAGGGAUCUAAUGUCAAUAUUCUGCUAUGCAGACGAUGCGCAACUUUCCAUAUCAUUAAAAAGAGUCAAAGUCUCUCAAAUGGCCGUUUUUGAUGCCAUCUCCAUGACAAUAAAAACUUGAAUGUGCUUUACUUACUUGCUCAUUGCACACUACACUGCUCUUUAUAUUGUUUUUUAAGGUGUCCAAAUUCAUCCAACUUGGUCACAGUGUCCUUUUCAUUUUCUGUGCCAUUGUGAUGCCACACUGCACCAUGUGAUUUAAUAACACUGAUAAAUGGGACACAACCAGAUUUCUGGCCCAUUUAUUUCAUCCUUAGAUACAGUAUCUGGCUAUGGACUAUCCUCCAGUGGGCAUUUUUUUAAUUAUAAUCUGCACGAGUGGUUAACAAAGUCAGGUCCAGGGACCUCCAGGGUUGCUUUAGAUUAAUGGAGGUCCACAGCAACAUAAGGGACAGUUUGAUAUAAGUGUUUUUUGGUUCCUCUGGAGAUAAAAUUGGGUUACUGGUCUAAUUCCAAUCUCAUUAGCAGUUCUUGAUAAUAUUUCCAUAAUUUCCACAGAAAUCACUGGGUGUUAAGUCCAAAGCACCUGUUUUGUUGAAUAAUAAACCUACCCCCCAUAAAUAAUAAAGGCCAACCCUUUAAGAUUCUCCAUAACUCCUCCCAAAAUACUAAUUCCUGCCUUCCUAUGCGUGUUUGUUAGUUUUUGUUUCUCUUUGUAAUGAACAUUCAGUCAGCUGUUUGUGAUCAAAUGAACUGAUGACUCCUCUCUUCGGGAGCGGCUGAAAAAGAACAGAACAGAAGAUGAUUAAUGCACCUGAAACUAAAAUGAACUCGACUUUCCAAAAACAACACGCUGCUGUCAUCGUUUAUGAUCACAAAAGAGUUCAGUGUUUUUACUCAUCAUUUCAACAUUGGUUAUUACAGUUGUUGUGUAGUGUUAAAAUUAGUGACACUACCUUCAAAACUCAGCUCAUCCUCCUGCUCCCUUUUUGAGAGUAAUAGAGAAGGAGAAUUUUUCACAUAUGAGUGAGGAAUUACAUCUGUGUACAUCUGAAGGAGGGGGGUUGACUGCUCGGGCUGUGUGGAUGUCGGGUUGAGAAACCCCCGAGAUCAAGCCUCAUUUUUAGCUUUUAGUUUCCAUUGGCAUCUCCCUGACGUGAGGGCAGUCAACUCCUGAAAGAUAUUGGUGAAAUUAUCAUCUCCUGUGUCAGGGAUCUUGUAAGGGUUUUUAAAGUGCAUUUACUUAGAAAGGGACCAACUUACUUUAUGCCAUACUCAGUUUAACCACUUGGUUAAACAUUCUAAAAAUCUUUAUAAAGUUCAAGUUGGAUAAAACAUGUUUUUUUGCACUUUUGACAAAAGGACACUGUAUUUAAUAUCUGCUUGUUCCAGUGGUUUAGUAAAGCUACAUCACACUGAAUCACAUAUACGCAUCCUAUUCACAUUUACAUCACAUUAUGG